AGACUGAAGCUCUGGAUCAGAUGUCAUGGCACCCUCAGUAUCGCAGUUCCAAGUUUCGCCACGUCUAUGGCAAACCUGCCAACAAGGAGAACUGCUACGACGGGGUGCCCAUCACCAAGAGCGUCCACGACAAUCACUUCUGUGCCGUAAACCCCUGCUUCAUCGCCGUCAUUACCGAGUGCGCGGGAGGCGGGGCCUUCCUCGUCAUUUCCCUGUUCCAGACUGGAAAAAUUGAUCCUCACCAUCCUCGAAUCUGUGGCCAUAAAGGGUACGUGCUGGACAUUAAAUGGAAUCCAUUUGAUGAUUACUCGAUAGCAUCCUGUUCUGAAGAUGCAACUGUUAAAGUUUGGGAGAUCCCGAAACAUGGAUUGUUGAAGAACAUCACGGUUCCACAGAAGGAGCUUCAGGGCCAUUCUAGGAGGGUUGGACUCAUUGAGUGGCAUCCCACUGCUGGCAAUGUUCUCUUCAGUGCCAGUUACGACUACAAGAUAAUGAUCUGGAACCUGGACUGUCCAGAGAGUGUCAUCAAGAACCCCGUGAAAACGAUUGGCCUGCAUGACGACGUGAUCCUCUCCAUGUCCUUCAACACCGAUGGCAGCCUCUUGGCUACUUCCUGCAAAGAUAAGAAGAUACGAGUCAUUGACCCUCGCUUAGGGGUCACUUUGCAGGAGACGUACUGCAAAACGCAUAAAGCCACUAAAGUGCUAUUUCUGGGGAAUAUGAAAAUGCUCAUCACUACUGGGACCUCCAGAUAUAACAACAGACAAGUGACCUUGUGGGACCAGGAGGAUCUCUCCGUGCCCUUGAUGCAGGAGGAUUUGGACUGCUCCUCAGGGGUCCUCUUUCCAUUUUAUGAUCCUGACACCCACAUGCUCUAUGUUGCUGGCAAGGGAGACGGCUACAUCAGGUACUACGAAAUCAGCUCCGAGAAGCCUUACCUGCACUUUUUGACGGAGCAUCGCUCCUAUUUACCUCAGAAAGGACUGGGAAUUAUGCCAAAGAGAGGCCUGGAGGUCUCAUCUUGUGAAGUCUUCAGGUUUUAUAAGUUAGUGACAAUCAAAAGCCUUAUCGAGCCUCUGUCCAUGAUCGUCCCUCGACGGUCCGAGUCGUACCAGGAGGACAUUUACCCGAUGACCGCUGGAUGUGAGCCCGCAUUGUCCGCUGACGAGUGGCUCCAGGGAGCCAACAAAGAUCCCGUGCUGAUGUCCCUGAAACCUGGCAGCAAGAUCUCCAAAACGUGUCCUCUCAUAACCGAAAAAGAGCCAAUAAUUCCUCAGCAACCAAAGAGUUCUCAGAGCCACACUGGGCGCACGGAGGUCCCGUCGGUCCUACCGAACAAGGAGAGCAAAGACUCGAGGGAGCGAAGGCGGCUGGACGAGAAACCCCCGGAGAGGAGCCGCUUGGUUUACUCCAACGGCAUCGACCUCACAGAGUGUGCGCCGCCAAAAACGGAAAACGAGCUCUUACAGAUGUUCUACCGACAACAGGAGGAAAUCCGCCGACUGCGGGAAUUAUUGGGUCAGAGAGAGAUCUGGAUCAAACAGCUGGAGCUGGAAAUUAAAAAUGUUCGCAACUCGCCAUACUGAAGCCAUGGACUCAAAAGAAAGCUCAGAAAUAUUAAAAAAAAAAAAAAAAGAGGCUUUACAAAAUUAAUGUUUGUAUAAUUCUAUAUUUUUAUUGAAAAAGAAUAAUGUUGACUUUUAAGCAGUACCGCUCAGGUACAUGGUGCACAUUUUUUUAAAUUUGUUUCUGUACAUAUUUUAUAAGUCAUAAUUGCUCUAUUGAUUUUCUACACUUAUUUAGGCUUGUUUUUGCUCAAUUCAUAUUUUUCACUUGUGUAAUCUUUCUGUUUUGUUUUUUUAUGUUUUCUAUUUGCUGGCCCUGUCUCAUGUCCCCUAUUGUCGCACUUUUCUGCCUCAUUUUAGGUAUCUGAUUGGCCCACUAGGUGGCAGCAGAUUUCCACCACCGCAGUCGAGGAGAAAGUUUGGAAAGAGAUUUCCUUAUAAACCUAAAAAUCUUAA